UAAACUAUGACAACAGAAUGUAAUUUCGUGUGAUACAAAUGUCUGAAAGAUAAAGUAAUAUCAAAUAUUUCAAGUCGUAAGCACGAUCAGAUGUCACGAGAAAAAGCUAAAAGCAAUGAACAUAGUGAAGAACAAAAGUAUCAAUAUGCAGUUUUUGCACAAAUGGAAAGUCUGAGUGAAAAACUCAAACUACUGAAUUAUGAGAAAAAAUUUUGCAAGCGACGACAUCAAAAACCUAUCACAAGACAUUAUUUUGCAAUUCCUACUAAUCCUGGUGAACAAUUUCAUUGUUUCACUACCCUAGCUGCGUGGCUGAUUUCACAGGCAAACUGUAAAAUUGACCAACCGCAAGAAUACGACGAUCCGAAUGCAACAAUAUCAACUAUUUUAGAUGCUGUCAGAACUCUAGGAUAUGUUGUUGAGUUCCCACCUUUAAAACUGAAAAGUGGAUGUGGUGAAUAUUGCAUUAAUGUUCUUAACAUGUUGGCUGACGCAAGCCUGCAGGUUCAAAACAUUAUACUCCUACCACCUGAAUAUCCAGAUGAAGUAGAAGAGUCUGGUGUUCAAGACGGUGAAUCAUCGCAAACUGACGAAGAAACAGAAGAGUGGGUCGGAUCUUCAAUCGGUAGUCGAUUCAAAUAUAGUCUGUCAGACUGCGACAGGCUAGGGAAUUGUGAAGAACAAAGUGAUGAUGACGAUGAUGAAGAGGUGAUAGAGUUAAAAGGAAUUAAUCUAAAACCUAACCAAAGUCAUAAAACAGAUUUGACUGAAAAACAGACAGAACUUAAACCUGCAGGCAAAAUAGAUGAGAAAAGACCGAAUAAUCGUGCAAUCUUAGAAUGCUCUACAGACCCAGCAGAUUGGAAACUUGAAGUUGAACGAAUAUUACCACAACUACGUGUCAAUAUUCGCAGUGAUGUCAAAGACUGGAGAACUCAUCUGGAUCAAAUGAAGCAGCUGAUAAUGGAAAUCGAAACUACCUUUCAGGAUGCUAAAUCCCAAUUAAUCAGAUUACACGAUGACCUGAAUUCAGAUGUCGAUAAAAUAAAUAACCGAGAGAAGUAUAUGAAUAAUCAAGUGGAGCCUCUGUUGGCGCAAUAUAGAACUGUACAGGAUAAAUUAAAUGAUAUAAAUGCCAAGUAUAGAGAAGCAAGUGGCGGGAUCACUACUCGAAGUCGUACUUUAUCUGAAAUCAGUGAAGAACUGGAACGUGUCAAAACAGAGAUGGACGAAAAAGGCUUGAGUAUGACAGACAGUUCGUCUGUAGUGCGUAUUAAACAAGCUAUUCAGCGUCUUAAGUCAGAGAUUACUACGAUGGACAUCAGAACUGGUGUUUUGGAGCACAUCCUACUUAGAACACAUUUACGAGUUCGUGAAGAUAGUCAGAAACCAUUUACUAAGAUGAUGGAACCGUCAAAUGGAAAUGGGGCAUUUGUCUUUUGAUUAAAUCUUAUCUGUGGAAUUAUUCGUUUUUAUAUAUUUCUGAAAUUUGUUGAACAACUUUGCCUUUUUUGUCUCUUUCCCUUACCUAAGAUAUAAAUGUAAUAUACAAUACUUCAUAUA